GGUAUUUCAGUAUCACGUGACAGGGCUACCUCCUGGCACGUGACGUUGUUUCGUCUGAACCGCUGCUGCAGAGUCCUGUGUGAAGUUUAAAUGGCAAGAAACGAGGAGAAACAACAAGGGAAGCUGAACAGACUGUGGCUUCAGAAAGAGAGAGAAGAGGGGCGACUCAAAGAUGUACACAAGCGGAGACCCAAACUGUCCACUCUGAACUCAUCUUCCUCUGUGAAAAAGUGGAUCCCCAGCAUCAAGAAUGAAAUAGAGUAUUAUCUGCAGCAGUCCCAGCUGUCUCAUUACCCAGAGAGGAAGAUCGCUGAGUUCCAGCUGCAAAUUGAGGCUUUAGAGAAAGAGUACAAAAGCUUCAUCACCAAGCUACGAGUCCUUGACCCCGCCUGCAAACAUAAGCCUUGGACUCCUCGAGCGUACUGCAAAAGGAGAGCAGACACGAAAGAAUCGCCAUGUCUUGUGAAAACUGCUCGGCCCUGUGAGUCAUACAAGGGCAGCAGUCAGCACGGUGGAGGUGAGAGCGACCUGGCUUGCAGUUGGAUAGGAAGUAGCAAAACCACAGGGGAACAGGGACCUCUCAGCCUAUCCCCUGUCCCCACAGAGGCAGUCCUUGCAGACCAGGACCAGCCCCUCUCCUUCGACCAUACUAGACUGUCAAUCACUGCUGCUGCGUUCAGAGGACCUUCAGUUCAGCAUGGCUCUUCUCAAACCCAGAGCCUAGCGAGAAUGCUGCAGUGUGGCCUGCCAAACCUUGUUAACUCUUCAUUGAGGCAAACAGUUUCAACCCAACACAGAGAAACAGAGAAUGUGGAUGGCGUUGGACAGAAAAGUGUCAUCCUAGACCCAAAGUCAGACUGUGAAGAAACAGAGAGGAUACCUGACAAACCAUCCAACACUAGGACAACAGAGGAGAGGACGGCCCAUGUCCUGGGACUAGACUGUUACUCUUCUUCUGACGAGGAUUGUGGCACAUGAUGUUUUUUGAUCAUGACAUAUAAUCCACAAUCUUCCUCAUUUUGAAUUACAGAGAAGGGUUUUAUCCACCAUAUUUCGAGCUCCUAUGAUACUGUGCCCUGAUUAUGGGCAUGACUUCCGUGAGUCUCCCCAGUAACCUUGUGGAUAGAAGCUCUUGUUAUGGUAUUGGGUCACAUGGGCAAAUCAAUAUCAUGAUUGUUUUCACAGCAAAUUUUGAGAAUCACAUAUCACCAAAAAGAAAAAAAUCAUUUGUCUCUCUUUGAUGUUUGUUUCAUAUUUGAGUUCAAUGUAACGUAUUGUGAUAUCAGGACUGUGAAUCACAGUAUGAAAGUGUUGUAGAGAGGAGCUGAAUUUUCUUAUUGAAUUAAAGUUGCGUGCGAGGGAAGAGGUUUGCAUGCAAGUAACA